AUGGAGGAUUCUCCUCCUCCUCCUCCUCCUCCUCAUUCCCUUGUUGAUUCUUCUUCUCUGGCGAAGGCGAUGGGGGGCUUGGCGCUCAACCUCGCCAGCGUCGCGCGCGGGGAGCUCCAGGGCGCCGGCACCCACGCGGAGCUGAUCGAGAAACUCAAUCUCAAGGUGGGCACCGAGUACGACGACUACGCCGAUUUCGCGUCGGGGCUGCUCGUGUUUGUGGAGCGGCUCAAGCAGCAGAACGAGUCGCUGUGCAGCAACCUCAAGGUCAUCCAGGAGAUCGACGACGAGGUCCGGCACCUGGAAGCCAUCGUCUCCACGCUCGACGGCUACACUGCCACUCUCGAGACCAAAAUUAAAAACGCUUACAACGCUUGA